AGAAAGACUCGUGCGUCCCUGACAAGCGCUUGCCUCAACACUGGUCUCUCUGCGUGGAAAGAGCGGCGUGGAUGGCCCAUAAAUCACGUGGUGCCUCUUUAAAGGGCUCCGGGUACGCGUCGCCCGCAGCUUCUUAAAGGAGGGCGCCUCAAAGUUUCCGCCACUCAGAAGCAGAAAGGAAAUCCGCUGUUGAAGUGGUUGUAUCUGCGCUUCGCUAUGGACACUAUCCAGUGCGUCGCUGAUAAGUAAGCACCAAUACUGUUUGUGACAUCUCCGGCGCGCUUCAGCGACGAGGAUUUGGCUCGUGCUUUCAGUUUUGUUAUUUACGACCACUGGAUUAGCAAGUCUAGAACUGGUGGACACCCGAGCCUCGAGUUUUACAGUUAACUGGCAAAUCCGCUGGGGAUGCGUAAAGUGGGCACGAGCCGCAGCGCACGCGCGUCUCUCGGUGUCCCGGGAGCACCUGCAGAAACGCGCGCUCUUUCGGAUGCACUCUUUUUAAGACACUCUGCCAGGCACCUGCACACCCUGAAACACUUGUUCAUACAUCCAGCUAAUGAAAAUUUCAGACGCUAAUACCUCUUGAAAAAUCAACUAGGUUCUGUCUGGAAGAGGAAAAUUAUCUCAAGGAGAAGCAAGACUGGAUUUUUUGCCGGCAACAAAAUGAAUGUGCAGGUCUUAACAGAUCGCAAACUGUCUUCAGUACCACCUUUUGGACACUACACUAAUGUGAAAAAGAAGGAUGUGGAACUCAUUUUAUUAAAAGAGCAGAAUGGAGUUCAGUACACCACUUCACUCAUCUCUGCUCCAAGCCCCUCUUCUGACCCGGUACAGCGGUAUCCCAUCAUCUCCUCGGAGGACCAGGAUAGGGAAACCUGGGGAAAGAAGAUUGAUUUCCUCCUGUCAGUUGUUGGCUUUGCAGUGGAUCUGGCAAAUGUUUGGAGAUUUCCUUUUCUCUGUUAUAAAAAUGGUGGUGGUGCCUUUUUGAUCCCCUACACUUUUUUCCUGUUCAUUGCUGGGAUACCUCUGUUUUAUAUGGAACUGGCACUGGGCCAGUUUAACAGGGAAGGAGCUGCCACUGUUUGGAAAAUCUGCCCAAUUUUUAAAGGUGUGGGCUACACUGUGAUCCUUAUAGCACUGUACGUAGGCUUCUACUACAAUGUCAUCAUUGCUUGGUCACUCUACUACUUGUAUUCCUCAUUUACACAAGAUCUACCUUGGCAAAUGUGUGGGAACAGCUGGAACAGUGCUAAUUGCACAGUUCCUGAGCCACUGAAUAAAACAGUCAGCAAUCGGACCAUCUUGCCCAAAGCUAAUAAUACUGCAGCAUCGGAAUUCUUUGAACGAAAUGUACUGGGCCGACAUGCAAGUGAUGGGAUUCAUGACCUGGGUCCCCCUAACUGGAAGUUGUCCAUGUGUCUAGUGGUGGUACUCUUUAUUCUCUUCUUCAGCCUGUCAAAGGGAGUGAAAACCUCAGGAAAGGUGGUAUACAUCACAGCAACAAUGCCAUAUGUUGUCCUGCUUGUUUUGUUGAUUCGUGGAAUUACACUUCCGGGUGCUAUUGAUGGAAUCAAAGCCUACCUCCAUGUAAAUUUUCAUCAGCUCAAAAAUGUCACAGUCUGGAUCGAUGCAGCAACACAAAUCUUUUAUUCACUUGGUGCUGGAUUUGGAGUUUUAAUUGCUUUUGCCAGCUAUAAUAAGUUUGAUAAUAACUGUUACAGAGAUGCCCUCCUCACCAGCACAGCAAACUGUGUAACUAGCUUUUUCUCAGGAUUUGCUAUCUUCUCUGUACUUGGCUAUAUGGCUGAAGAAUAUCAUGUGGAAAUUGAGAAGGUAGCAACUGAAGGGCCUGGCUUAGUGUUCAUCGUCUAUCCAGAAGCUAUUUCUAAGUUGCCUGGUUCAUCAUUCUGGGCUGUUGUCUUUUUCAUCAUGUUGUUUACACUUGGGAUAGACAGCUCUAUGGGAGGCAUGGAGGCUGUCAUCACAGGACUGUCAGAUGACUUCCAAAUAUUGAAAAGGAACCGGAAGCUGUUCACCUUUGCCACAACUUUAUUAACUUUCCUGGUGGCUAUGCUAUGCAUUACAAGUGGUGGGAUAUAUGUUUUCAAUCUCCUGGAUCGUUUUGCAGCAGGAACAGCUAUUUUAUUUGCUGUGUUGGUAGAAGCUAUUGGCAUAUCAUGGUUCUAUGGAGUGGACAGAUUCAGUGAAGACAUUGAGCGCAUGAUGGGAUUUAGACCUGGACUCUACUGGAGGCUGUGUUGGAAGUUUGUGAGCCCAAUGUUUUUAUUGUUUGUUGUAGUUGCUAGCAUUGUGAAUCCAAAUAGGCUAGAAUAUGAAGAAUACAUAUAUCCUACAUGGGCCAACCUGGUAGGAUGGGGAAUAGCAUUGUCUUCAAUGAUCUUUGUUCCAGCUUAUGCCGUUUACAAAUUUCUGUGCAUUCCUGGAACAUUUAAACAAAGACUGGCUUACUGCAUCACUCCUGAAAAAGAGCAUCAUCUUGUAGCAGAAGGAGAAAUCAGACAAUUUAAGUUAAAACACUGGUUGUCCAUAGGAGAAUGAACACUGAUGUCUUUGAAAUUUGGAGUGAACAGUGGAGUGGAUGAAACUCUAACUCAGUGCUGUCCUUGGAAUCCAUCAUAACCCCUCAUCAAUCACGAAGAAACUUCUUUUUGAGGAAAUGUUUGCUACAUGACUUGGAAUACAUGACUUUUUCCAUUUAAAGACUUAAAUAUUUUCUUAUCUGUUUUGACAAUGUAAUGUGAAUUAAUUUCACAUUCUUUUAGUACAAGUGUUAGAUUCAUCACCCAUUAUAUUCUGCUUCUUGUUCAAGAUCAUGGGGAACCAAAGACUCUCUUUGAAACAGCAUGCACAAGAUGGAACAUGACAAUGACAAGAUGU